GCUGCCCUGGAGCGGAGGUGACCUUGUGCAUUCUGGGAUCCCCCAGCACCUUUCUGUCUCUGCUGCUGGAGGGCGGGGUCCAGAGUCCGGGAAACAUGCUCCUUUGCCUGUCCCCUGCUUGGCUGACAAAGGUGCCAGCACCAGGGCAGCCGGGCGAGGCAGCCCUGCUGGUCUCCAAGGCCGUGAGCUUCCACCCGGGGGGCCUGACAUUCCUGGAUGAUUUUGUCCCCCCUCGCCGCGCCACCUACUUCCUGGCGGGCCUGGGGCUGGGGCCUGGCCGGGGUCGAGAGGCAGCUGAGCUCGCUCGCGACCUGACCUGCCCCACAGGAGCCUCAGCCGAGCUGGCCCGGCUGCUGGAGGACCGGCUGCUGACGAGGCGACUGCUAGCUCAGCAGGGUGACGUGGCUGUACCAGCUACCCUGGCUUUCACCUACAAGCCGCCGGCACUGCUGCGGGGAGGGGAUGCCAGCCCGGGACUACGGCUGGUGGAGCUGAAUGGCAAAGAGGGCCAGGAGACACUGGUGAAGGAGGAAGUAGGGGCUUUUCUGCACUCCGAGGCCCUGGGUGAUGCCCUGCAGGUAGCCAUGAAGCUCAGCGGCUGGCGCUGGAGGGGGCGGCAGGCAAUGCGUCUGUAUCCCCGAGCUGAGCUGGGCCCAGUGGUGGACACAGUGCUGGCACUGCUGGAGAAACUGGAGGAGGAGGAGAGUGUCCUGGUGGAGGCUGUGUGCCCACCUGUCCGGCUGCCCUUCCCAGGCAGCCCCCCGCCUGGCCCUGAGCUGGCUCUGCGUAUCUGUGCUGUGGUCUGUCGGACACAGGGUGACAGGCCCCUGCUGAGCAAGGUGGUGUGCAGCGUGGGCCGUGGGGACCGGCCUCUGCGGCACCAGAGCUCCUUGCCACGGACGCUGGAGGCGGCGCUGGCCCAGUGCGGCCUGGGUGAGGCCUCGCAGGUGGCAGUCGUGCGGCAGCGCGUCAAGGCGGCGGCCGAGGCCGCGCUAGCCGCCGUGCUGACCCUGGAGGCCGGCCUGAGCGCUGAGCAGCGCGGCGGGCGCCAGGUCCGCACUGACUUCCUCGGGGUGGACUUCGCCCUGUCGGUGGCCGGCCGCGCGCUGACCCCCGUGGCCCUGGAGCUGAACGGAGGCCUGUGUCUGGAGGCGUGCGGCGCGCUCGAAGGGCUGUGGGCCGCGCCGCGCCCGGGGCUGGCGGCCGAGGAGGCGGCGGCCGCGCCGCUGGUGGAGACGAUGCUGCGGCGCUCGGCCCGCUGCCUCAUGGAGGGGAAACAGCUGCUGGUGCUCGGCGCGGGCGGCUUCAGCAAGAAGUUCGUGUGGGAGGCGGCGCGCGACUACGGGCUCAAGCUGCACCUGGUGGAGUCGGACCCCAACCACUUUGCGUCCCAGCUGGUGCAGACCUUCAUCCACUUCGAUCUAACAGAGCACCAGAGGGAUGAGGAGAACGCACGGGUGCUGGCGGAGCUGGUGCGGGCACGCGGCCUGCAGCUAGACGGCUGCUUUUGCUACUGGGAUGACUGCCUGGUGCUCACGGCCUUCCUCUGCCAGGAGCUGGGUCUGCCCUGCAACCCGCCAGCCGCCAUGCACCUGGCUAAGCAGAAGAGCCACACCCAGCUGCACUUGUUGUGCCGCCAUGGCCCACCCUGGCCCGCACCCUCCCUCUAUGCUGUGCCCUGCUGCCCACUGGAGAGCGAGGCCGACGUGGACAGUGCUGUCCGCCAGGUGCCCCUGCCAGGUGUCAUGAAGCUGGAGUUUGGGGCGGGUGCAGUGGGUGUACGGCUGGUGGAGGACGCGUCGCAGUGCCACGAGCACUUUUCCCGGAUCGCCCGAGACCUGCAGGGCGAGGCCGACCACCCCGGCAUCGGGUUGGGCUGGGGCAAUGCCAUGCUGCUGAUGGAGUUCAUCGAGGGCACCGAACACGACGUGGAUGUGGUGUUGUUUGGGGGGAGACUGCUGGCUGCCUUCGUCUCCGACAAUGGCCCCACACGGCUGCCUGGCUUCACUGAGACGGCGGCCUGCAUGCCCACUGGGCUGGCACCGGAGCAGGAGGCACAGCUGGUGCAGGCAGCCUUCCGCUGUUGCCUGGGCUGCGGGCUGCUGGAUGGGGUCUUCAACGUGGAGCUCAAGCUGACUAGGGCUGGGCCGCGGCUCAUCGAGAUCAACCCCCGCAUGGGUGGCUUCUACCUGCGAGACUGGAUCCAGGAGCUUUAUGGUGUGGACCUGCUGCUCGCUGCUGUUAUGGUGGCCUGCGGCCUGCGGCCUGCCUUGCCUGCCCACCCACGCGCCCGUGGCCACCUGGUGGGUGUCAUGUGCCUGGUGUCCCAGCACCUGCAGGCGCUGAGUUCCACCGCCAGCCGCGAGACCCUGCAGGCUCUUCACGACCAGGGCCUGCUGCGUCUCAAUCUGCUGGAGGAGGCCCUGGUGCCUGGAGAAUACGAGGAGCCCUACUGCAGUGUGGCCUGUGCUGGGCCCAGCCCGGCCGAGGCCCGUCUCCGCCUGUUGGGCCUCUGUCAGGGUCUGGGCAUCGACGGGCCCCACUACCCCGUUGCCUACUUCUUGUCCCACUUCAAAUAGUGCUGGGGCCAGAGGGCAGGGGCAAAGUGCUGGAGGGGACGCGGUGGUGCCCUCUGCUCCCUGGUGCUCUCCCUGCUUCUCUUCCCAUGGCCCUGCCCCAACCGUUGGAGAGGUCUGGUCCCCUCCAAGGCCCCAGGUCUGUUCCAGAGCGGCAGGGCUAUUUUGACACCACGGCCUCCUGGACUUGAGGGGCCACAAAAGAAGUAGCUGGUGGGCUGCUUGCCCUCCCGAAGGCCCCAGUCCAGCCCAUAGCUUCCCAGGACUCUAGUCAUGGAGAAGCAACAACAGCUGCACACACACACACACACACACACACACACACCCACCCACACACACACACCCACCCACACCCACACACCCACCCACACACCCACACACACCCACACCCACACCCACACACACCCCCACCCACACACCCACACACACACACACACACACACACCCUGCCCCCAGGUUAGUGUGAGUGGGCCCAAACCCAGCCCAUCCUUCCCACCCCUCCAGGCCUGUCUCUUCCUGCUGCCUACAGGAGAGAACCUGGCCUCUGGCUUUGGACAAAUCCCAAGAAAACCUGAGACUAAACCCCUCGUCCUCCUACUCUCACCCCCUCAUUUAACAAAUUCUAGAUAGUUCUGGAGCCUGCUGACAAUGUUUGGCAGUGCCCGACCUGCCUCAUUUGGCCUGAGCAGUAGAAGCAGGUGACCUGGGGUCAGCAGUAACCAUCUCCCCUCCAGGCAGACACUAUUGCCCCAUUCUACAGAAAAAGAAACAGGCUCAGAGAGGAAAAGCCACUGCCUCGAUGUCAUACCACAGUGGGUGAAGAGUCGAGGGACAAGAUGCAAGGUCCAGGUUUCUGCUUUUACUAAGUUGUACCUGCCCACUCAGCUUCCAGGCCCCACUCACCUCCUACAUGUGGCCCUGAGACAUGUGAACACCCCUCCCGUGCACUAUGCACCCUAUCCUCCAAGCUUUGGUGCUUUGGCCUCAGGCACACCUAACUAGCAUUGGCAGAGGAGACUCUAC